CCGCCGCGCCCGGGACCCGGGGCAGCCGCCGUCUGGGGACGGGCCGGGGAGAAGGAGGAGGAGCGGCCUCCUCACGGCCACCCUGGUGCAAGCCCGCGGUGCGGCCCUGCUCGCCGCCGCCAUGAGCGCCGGGCAGGCCGCGGGGGAGGAGGCGGACGCCGCCGCCGCGUCCCCGGCACUUCCCAGGGUGCUCUCUGCGCUCUUCUACGGGACGUGCUCUUUCCUCACCGUGCUGGUCAACAAGGCGCUCCUCAGCGCCUACAGCUUCCCGUCACCAGUGUUUCUUGGAAUUGGACAGAUGGCAGCCACUAUACUUAUCUUGUAUGUGUCAAAACUAAAUAAGAUUGUUCACUUCCCUGAUUUUGACAGAAGUAUACCUGUGAAGUUAUUUCCUCUGCCUCUGAUUUAUGUUGGAAACCACUUAAGUGGAUUAUCAAGUACCAGCAAACUCAGUUUGCCGAUGUUUACAGUGCUCAGGAAGUUUACCAUUCCUCUUACUUUACUGCUGGAAAUCAUCAUACUUGGGAAACGGUACCCAGUGAAUAUUAUAGUCAGCGUAUUUGCCAUCAUUCUUGGGGCUUUCAUAGCCGCUGGGUCCGAUCUGUCUUUCAAUCUGGAGGGCUACAUUUUUGUGUUGCUAAAUGAUAUCUUCACAGCAGCAAAUGGAGUUUAUACAAAGCAGAAAAUUGAUCCAAAGGAGUUGGGAAAAUAUGGUGUCCUGUUUUAUAAUGCUUGUUUCAUGGUGAUUCCAACAGUUAUUAUUAGCUUUUCUACUGGAGACUUUCAGCAGGCAACACAUUUCCAGCACUGGACAAAUUUUUUAUUUGUCUUUCAAUUUAUUCUUUCCUGCUUGUUGGGGUUUCUCUUGAUGUAUUCUACUGUCCUGUGCAGUCAUUACAAUUCUGCACUCACAACAACAGUAGUCGGUGCCAUCAAGAAUAUAUCCAUUGCUUACAUCGGAAUGUUGAUUGGUGGAGAUUACAUAUUCUCCAUGUUAAACUUUGUAGGGCUAAAUAUUUGUAUGGCAGGAGGACUGAGAUACUCAUUUUUAACAUUAAGAGGAAACAGCAAGCCUGCACAAUCUGGGGAUGAAGAGAAUGCACUUCCAAUGUCAAAGACUUAGACAAAAUGCCUGCCUUGAAAGAGACUGAAGAGACAAGUUUGUUUAGCAUUGCCAAGACUUUAAAUAAGUAUAUCCUGGAACAUAUUUGCAACAACAAAAAAAAAUCUACCUCAGUUGUCACAGACAUGCACACAAUUCACUGGCUCAGGAAUAUUCUUGCGCACCAUUUUUUUACAUGCAAACUAGUUUGAUUUUAGUUUUUUCUUCUUAAUCUAAAAGCCAUUUUAUAGCAAGGAAUGCUAUGAGCAAAUCUUAAGUUGUAAACUUGUGCAUUUACCUGUACUUGGGUGCUAUUUCAACAAGAUCUUUGAGUUUUGUUUCAGUGACUGCCUGUAUUUUCUUGAGGCAAAAUUCCCUGUAAAGAUCAUGAGGCUUAAUUUACCAUUGCCUUAUGCCAUAUGCAAACCUAGAUAUCAGUGUGGAGAUGAAAGAUCCUAGUGAUUUCACGCAUGCAUGUGCUCUUCGGUAAGUGAUAUAGAAUGUAUGGGACCGGCAAAGAGGAUAUUUGCCCCCAGAUUGUUCCCUGUGUAAGUGUCAACGAAAAAAUACAGGCUAUGUCCAUGUGUGUACAUUGUUUAGGCAUUCUCUCUCUGUGUUUUUCUCAUCCUCAAUAUCACACUGUGGUGUUCUGCAGAAAUUGUCACUGUUGUUAUAAAUGAACCUCAUAACCUCAUGCAGCAGAUCAAGGAGAGAAGGGAAAUGACAGGGGAUUUUUUAAUAUUUGAAGAUUUGUUUGUGCGUGUGUGUCUGUGAGCCAGUACCAGCAAAUCUAUUUUUGUUAAGGUACAUUUUUCUUUUUAUAUCACAUUCCCCUCCUCUCACCUUUUAUCUGUAACCACCUAGCUGCAGAGACGUGGUGCUUCUAUGUACAAACAUAGUAGGGAAGGGAAACAUAGAUAUGUGGAAGACUGACUUGUGUUUAAAUAAUGGCUAGUGUCCUGUUGUGUCUUGUAUAUACAGUAAAAGCUUAUCUGGUACUAGUUUAUGCUUUUGGUUCUAAGCAAGGAAUCAUAAUGAGCCUGGGGAUGACUACAGUAGGCUCAGCUGGUAUAGUGAUUGAGGCCCAGAUGGUCUGAGGGAUCAUCUGGGACAAUAACACCUGUACCUAUAUUUCAAUAACACCUGCAUCUGUAUUUCUUUCAUUGAAAAUAUUUGAUAAUGCUUACCUGACUUCUACAUUCUCUGAGAUAGACUUUUAACCUUUGAAAAUGUGGUAGGUGCAUUGAAGUGUUCUAAGACAGCAGAGAAAUUAAUCUUGUUGAAGUUCUCAAUUCCCUGCGAGCAUGAGCCAAAAUUUUUGAAAAUAAUCAAAUCAAAAGAAGGUUUUGAAAGACUUUGACAUGGAACCAGGGUGUUCUAAUGACUUGUUUGAUCACUUCAAUUAAAAUAUAGCUUAUCUGAAAAUACAGAAAGUCAGAAAACAUUACUCUGAAUGUAGCACAUCCAUGACCAGUCUGAAUUAGACCUGAGAAACAUGUGGGUAACUCACACCAGAAGCUUCAGGGAGUGACUGCCUGCAUGGAUUUGAAUGGCAAGAGGAGCAAUGACUGCAGAUACUGGAAGUGGCAUUUAAAGACAUGGUCAAAGUGGGAAGGGAAAUCUGAACUGUCAGUUUUCUCACAGCUGGCGAAGAAUGUGACUUUCAUUUUCUAUCUGCUGAAGACCUGUGGAGGGAAAGCAUUGCUGCAAAUAUUUUUCCAUGAUCUUCUCUUUUUAAAAAUGUCCUUUAUGCUUAAAAACCUUCAAUAUUUUUGAGUGUAUUCUUUCAUAAGGCUCCUCUUUCUUAAGAGCACCUCUACCUCCACAAUUUCAAUUACUGAACCUUAACUCUCUUCCAUGAGGCAAGGUAUUGGAAAGUUUUCAUUUAUUAUGAAAUUAGUAUGAGUGCCAUUUGACUGCAAUACUGAUGAACACACAAGGCACCUGCUAAAUAAGAUAUAGUUCCCACAAAAGAACACUUAACAUUUGCAUAUAAUUCAUUAAUAUUUUGCUCUA